AUAAGAUGUUUGAUCCAUAUGAAAAAUGGAAUAAAAACAAGUGGACUCUCUUUAUUAGGAGAGAAGGAGGUACAUAAUUAUUAUUUUUCUAAUCUUCCUCCGCUUUCUCCUCCUACCAUUGGCAUAUCUAUCAGUGUCAACUUUUUUGGAGGGAGGGAAUUUCCUUUCCAAAGUGGUUCUGAUGCCAAAGGAUCAACUCCCGAACACCUAUCAUUUGUUGGAAGCUGCAAAGAGAUGGUAGGAAUGAAGACGAAGCACAGUGUCGUCUUUGCCUGAGAAACUGAGUUUUGAAGGAAUCCCAGAGGAAAAUAAGUUUCUCCAGCAAGUAGCAACACGUCACAGAAAUGCCAAUUCCUCCAGUAACUUGUUGUCAAAGCCGAAUGGUGUGCUCUGGAUGUAAAAAUCUGUUGAUCUAUCCAGUUGGAGCAACCUCCAUUUGCUGUACUCUUUGCCAUUCGGUCUCCCCUGUGCCAACUCCUGGGUUAGAGAUGGCUCGGCUGGUGUGUAAAGGCUGUCACACUCUGCUCUUGUUCAGUCGCGGGGCGACAAGUGUACAAUGUUCGUGUUGUCGAACGGUCAAUUCAGCCUCCAAAGCAAAUCAGACGGCUGAGAUCAACUGUAGGAACUGUAGGAUGCUGCUGAUGUACCAAUGUGGGGCCCACUCUGUGAGAUGUACACUUUGUAAUUUUGUGACCUUAGUUGGUUCAUGACUUUGCCUUCUCUUUCAAUCAAUGGCAUGAACCAUAGAAAUCCCUAAAGUUUCUGUUGAUUUGUGUGAAAAAAGUGGAACUUUUACUUGGGAUUAAGAAUGUUAUGUGGCCCUAUUUGUGAAAAAGAAAAAAUAAAAAUUUCAACUUUUUAUAUAGGGCCACAUUGGAUAGAAAUCCGAUAUUUUGGUUGAAAACGAAACUACGAUGUUACAAAAA